GGAUGAAUAUCUGCCCUUUUCCAGUCCUGGAGUUCAUCUUCCAUUAGUCAUGAUCUUUCAGAGACUGUUGAUGGUGGUUUAACAGUCCUGUCUGUCAGUUUCCCAGUUCCAGGGGAUGUGAUUCAUCUGGGCUAGGUGACUUGAAUUCCCUCCUUUGCCUGUUGCCCCUGGAUCUGGGGAGGUUCCUGUUCCUCCUCCUAUUCUGGGUCUCAGAUGACAGAAACUCCUCCCUCUCUGGCUCCCAAGUUAUCUUCUGCUUGAGCUCCACACCUUCUCCAUGAUUGAUUUUCUUGAAGCAAAGUCUUUUGGCUGGCCCUAUCCUUGUUGGUGAAAUUCUAUUUUUUACCAACUACCCCAGACGGUUCUGCGACUUCCUUUAGCUCCCUCCUCAUUGGCUGAGGUAUCAGCACCGUAUUUGUAUCAUAAGAAGAAUUUGAUCUGACAUUACUAAAGAUGGCCUGGGAGGAGAACAAAGUAAUGCAGAGCUAUGGGUCACUGCUCUUAGUGAUUUUGCUUCUGCCAUGUGGAUUAAUGAAUGUUAUCCUAACUGUGAAUAACAAUACUCAAGACUUUGUCCUGCAAACCACACCUGGCACAGCGGAGUCUCUGAAAUGCACUGUUCAGAAUCACAGCCAAGAAGAAGAGUUACUCUGGUACCGGGAAGAUGGGACAGUGGACCUGAAAAAAGAAAACAAAAUCAACUCUAGUGACAUUUGCAUCUAUCCUGUCAGAGAGGAUGACAAUGGGAUCACCUUCACCUGCACUUUGCAACGGAACGAAUCCGUGAACAUUUCAGUGAUUUUGAAUGUCACUUAUGAACCUAUUCUGAGCGGGAGAGACCUCCAAACAGCCAAGGAAGGAAGCAAUAUAAAAUUAAAAUGUAACGUGAAGGCCAACCCCCAGGCUCAAAUGACGUGGUACAAAAAUGACAGUGUCCUUACUCUGGAGAAAGACCAUCACCAAAUAUAUCAGACGAGUGAGCUGUUCCAGCUGUCCAUCUCCAAAGUCCUGAAAUCUGACAACGGGACAUACAGUUGCCACGCAAAUUCGCCUCUGAAAUUGGAGACUAAGGAUUUCCAUCUGAUCAUUGAAGAGAAAAAAAACAUUGUUCCCACCGAAGCUAUUAUUGCCGCAGUUGUGGUGGUCACCUGUACCAUAUUGUUUGGACUGAUUGCAAGAAGAGAAAAGAUAAUGAAGCUCUGCAUUAAAGAUAAGAAAGCUCAAAGUGAUACAUCUCUGUGAGGAAUCAAGCAGCCUUUCUAAUACGAGAAGAGGGCAGUACCGGGGCCUUUCUGGGCACAGAGUCUCUUGUGUAUUCCUUGCUUUUAUUAAAAUGUGUUCCCUUUGGAUGGUGGGUGAUGAUGAAGAGGUUUGGGGUUAAUCAUUUAAUGCCAAUCUAUUUCUUUUGGCUAAUUCAAGGAACUAAGAGGAGAGGGAUAGAAUGGAAACAGAGGAAAUCUUAGAAUCUGGACAAAGCUUCUGCUUGGGGCUUAAGUUAGGAAUGAUCCUUCUCCUUGCACAACAUCCCAUUUCCCACCUCCACACCUUUGCAUAAGUAUCUGGCAUUCAUUUCUCCUUCAUCCCCCUUUCCUAGAAUCUCUGACUCCUUUAAAAACAUAGCUCAGAUAACAUCUAUUAGUAGGGCCCUUUCCUAAUCUCCCCAGUUAUUAGCACCCAAUUACUUUGUACAGAUUGUGUCCCUCCCUGUCUGCUACUCCUAUAAACUCCUUGAAGGCAGGGAAUGUUUUGUGGUUUUGUUUUGUUUUUCUAAUCUUCAUAUUCUCAGUUCCUAGCGCAGCAUAGGCUGGGAAUGUCAUAAACAUUAGUUCAACUGAAUUGAAUUUCCAUUUAGCUUGUAUCUCGUACCAUCUCAGUCUUGGGAUUGUGUGACCUUUAUUCACUUAUGGGCACACAAAACUAGCAUGAGAUGGGGCCAAAGAAAAUGUCUGUUUACAAGCACCCCCUGCUCUCUUUUUUACACGACAAUUUGUAGAGCUAUGCGUUAGUUAUGAAUCAAUAUAUGCUCAUUAGACACAUUUAGAUUAAAACACCUGGCUUUUCUUAAA